AUGGCGCAUCACCAGGAGCCUCUCACGGAGAGCCCCAUCAUCAGGUUCAAGGACCAGGACUUCGAGGCCCUGCGGCAUCACUACCUCAGCCAGGGCCAGCUGUUCAGGGAUGAGACAUUCCCUGCCGUGGAUGCCUCCAUAGGCCAGAAGCUGCUCCAGGAAAAGCAACUCUCCAACCUGAAGUGGAAGCGGCCACGGGAUUUAUCAAGGGGUCUCCCUCACUUCAUCCUGGAUGGGGCAAGCAGAUUUGACAUCCAACAAGGCGGCGCAGGAGACUGCUGGUUCCUGGCGGCACUGGGCUCCCUGACUCAGAACCCACGGUACCUGCAGAAGAUCCUGAUGGACCAGAGCUUUUCUCACCAGUACGCAGGCAUUUUCCGAUUCCGGUUCUGGCAGUGCGGCCAGUGGGUUGAAGUGGUGAUUGAUGACUACCUGCCCGUCGUGGGCAGAAACUACUUGUUUGUACGUCCUUACCAAGACACCCAGGAGUUCUGGCCCUGCCUGCUGGAGAAGGCCUAUGCCAAGCUGCAUGGCUCUUAUUCCCAGCUGCACUACGGCUACAUCCAUGACUCCCUGGUGGACCUCACGGGAGGCGUGGUCACCUCCCUCAGCCUGCACUCCUCCCCGUCCAACCUGGUGAUGGCAGUGAAGACAGCUGCCCGGGUGGGGGCCCUGAUGGCCUGCACCACUCCACAGGGGCCAACAGACAAGGCCAUGCUGCUGGCGAGCGGGCUGGUGAGUCAGCACGCCUACACCGUGACCGCAGCUGAGAAGGUUCAGUCCCGGCAGGGCUGGGAAGACAUCAUCUGCCUGUGGAACCCCUGGGGCCCGGGCAACAGCGGGAUCAGCACCGAAUGGAGAGGGCGCUGGAGUGACGGGUCUCGGGAGUGGCAGGAGACCCGUGACCCACGCAAGAGCCAGCUGUAUGAGGACAAGAAAGAUGGCGAGUUCUGGAUGUCAUGUCAAGAUUUCCAAGAGAACUUCUCCUCCCUGGUCGUGUGCAGCGAAAUCCCCAUCACCCUGGACCACGGAAACACGCUCCACGAGAGAUGGUCCCAGGUGGAGUUUAAGAACCAAGUGGUUCUCGGCCAGGCCACAGGGCGACCACAGGACGGCACGCAGUACUUCUUCUCCAUGCGAGAGCAGGCAGAAGGCACCAAUGCCAUCGUCUCCUUCACGGUCGCCAGCACGCCGCCCAGUCAGAAGGCAGAAAAUAUGAAGUUUCCACUGAUCUUCCAGGUGAGCAUGGCCGGUUCCUUCUUAUUUAAGAUGAAGCUGCCGCCCACGUUUUUUUCCCUGUUCAGAAAUGCUGUCCAGGGUAUAGACCAUGAAUCCAAGCGCAACUUCACCAGGUCCUUCCAUCUGAGCCCCGGGACCUACGUCGUGGUCGCUUGGGCACGGAGAGAAACCACCCAGUUCUUGCUCCGGAUCUUCCUGAAAAUGCCAGACGGGGAGAGGAGCCUGAGCGGCCAUUUCAACCUUGAAGCACUGAAGGAAAGCCUUCCAGAACAUGGCACCGCACACAGUGUGUUCUAUAGAUACGCCCAGCAGAGGCUGGACCUCGAUGCCACCCAGCUGCAGAGGCUGCUCAACCAGGAGAUCCUGACAGGACCACCGGAGGACACGUUCUCCUUGGACGAAUGCCGCAGCAUCGUGGCUCUGAUGGACCUGAAGGUGGACGGGCGGCUGGACCAAGAGGAGUUCGCGCGACUGUGGACACGCCUCAUCCACUGCCAGGGUGUUUUCCAGAAAGUCCAGAGGAGCCCCGGCGUCCUUCUGAGCUCGGACUUGCGGAAGGCUGUCGAGAAUGCAGACUUCCUCUCAGGCAUCCUGGUCAAUGACGAGCUGCUGGACCGCAUGGCCCUCCGUUACGGCGACGACGCGGGCAGGGUCAGCUUCCCCAGCCUGGCCUGCUUCCUGAUGCGGCUCGAAGCCAUGGCAAAGGCCUUCCGGAACCUCACCAAGGAUGGAAGAGGAAUCUACCUGAUGCAGAUGGAGUGGCUUAACUUGGUCAUGUACAACUGA